CUGGCGCGCAGGACCGCGGGCAUUUACCCGUGCUUUCCCACGCCUGGAAGAGCUCGUCAUGGUCUCUGUAGCGUGGUGCUUCUGUUGCUCACAGACAGAGUCUCGCUCUGGCCAGAGAUUUUCUAAAUAAUGGUCAGGAAUCUGCAUUAGGUGCCUGCUUCCCCUUCUGCCAUGAUUGGAAGUUUCCUGAGGCCUCCCCAGCCAUGUGGAACUGACAACUUGCCUUUGAUGAUUUUCAAGAGAGUUGUGCUAUGAUGUGGCAAAAGUAUGCAGGAAGCAGGCGGUCAAUGCCUCUAGGAGCAAGGAUCCUUUUCCACAGUGUGUUCUAUGCCGGGGGCUUUGCCAUUGUGUAUUACCUCAUUCAAAAGUUUCAUUCCAGGGGUUUAUAUUACAAGUUGGCAGUGGAGCAGCUGCAGAGCCAUCCCGAGGCACAGGAAGCUCUGGGCCCUCCUCUCAACAUCCAUUAUCUCAAGCUCAUCGACAGGGAAAACUUCGUGGACAUUGCUGAUGCCAAGUUGAAGAUUCCUGUCUCUGGAUCCAAGUCAGAGGGCCUUCUCUACGUCCACUCAUCCAGAGGUGGCCCCUUUCAGAGGUGGCACCUUGACGAGGUCUUUUUAGAGCUCAAGGAUGGUCAGCAGAUUCCUGUGUUCAAGCUCAGGGGGGAAAACGGUGAUGAAGUGAAAAAGGAGUAGACACGACCCAGAAGACCCAGCUUGCUUCUAGUCCAUCCUUCCCUCAUCUCUACCAUAUGGCCACUGGGGUGGUGGCCCAUCUCAGUGACAGACACUCCUGCAACCCAGUUUUCCAGCCACCAGUGGGAUGAUGGCCUCCCUAUUCCCUGAGACACAACAGCAUUGAAAUUGGGCCAAUUAAUAACCCCACAGUGGCCUCUCACUAAAUGUGAGAGGUGAGGAAGCUGCAGGAGAAAAUUUGAAGCUAGCAGUGUUCAUGACAUGUAAGUAAAGAAGCCAUCUCCAUAAAAGUACAACGUGACGCAGCAAGUGCUGAUGGAGAAGCUGUAGAAGUUACACAGAAGAUCUAGCUUGGACCAUCGAUGAAAGUGGCUACACUAAACAACAGAUUUUAAGUGUAGAUAAAACAGCAUUUUAUUGGAAAAAGAUGCCAUCUAGGACUUUCAUAGUUAGAAAAACUCAAUGCCUGGCUUCAGAGGACAAGCUGACUCUUGUCAGGGGCUAGUGCAGCUGUGACUUUCAGUUAAAGCCAAUGCUCAUUGACUAUUCUGAAAAUCCCAGGGCCCUUAAGAUAUGCUGUAUAAACACAACAACAAAGCCUGGAUGACAUUGGGUCUGUUUACAGCCUGGUCUACUGACUAAGCCCACUGUUGAGACCUAGUGCUCAGAAAAAAUAGAUUUCUUUCAAAAUAUGGCUGGGUGCAGUGGCUCACACCUGUAAUCCCAGCACUUUGGGAGGCUGGGGCGGGUGGAUUGCUUGACGCCAGGAGUUCAAGACCAGCCUGGGCAACAUGGUGAAACCCUGUCUCAAAAAACAAAUCCAAAAAACCAAAAUAUUGCUACUCAUUAACAAUGCACCUGGUUACCCAAGAGCUCUGAUGGAGAUGUACAAGGAGAUGAAUACUGUUUUCAUGCCUGCUAACACAGUAUCCAUUCUGCUGCCGAUAGAUCAAGGAGUACUUUUGACUUUCAAAACUUAUUAUUUAAGAAAUACAUUUUGUGGUUUCUCUGAUGGUUCUGGGCAGUCAGUUCAAAACCUUCUGGAAAGGAUUCACCAUUCCAGAUGCCAUCAAGAGCAUUCAAUUCACGGGAGGAGGUCAAAAUAUCAACAUUAAUUGGAAUUUGGAAGAAAUAGAUUCCAAUCCUCAUGGAGGACUUGGAGGGUUUCAAGACUUCAGAGGAGGAAGGAACUGUAGAUGGGCUGAAAAUAGCAAGAGAACUAGAAGUGGAGGGGCCUAGAGAUGUGACCGAAUUGCUGUAAUCUCAGGAUCAAACUUGUAUGGAUGAGAAGUUCCUUCUCAUGGACGAGCAAAGAAGGUGAUUUCUUGAAAUGGAAUCUACUCCUGGUGAAGAUGCUAUGAACAUUGUUGAAAUGACAAAAGAUUUAGAAUAUUCCAUAAACUUAGCUGUGGCCAGGGUUUGAAAGGAUUGACUCCUAAUUUUGAAAAGUUCUACUGUGGGUAAAUGCUGUCAAACAGCAUUGCAUGCUACAGAGGAAUCUUUCAUGAAAGAGUUAAUAAAUGCAGCAAACUUCACUGUUGUCUUACUUUAAGAAAUUGCCACAGUCACUGCAGGCUUCAGCAACUUAUCUUUUCCUACCCUCCUCUCGCAUUUAAAAGUACUUUUAAAUUAAUGUAUGUACAUUAUUUUUAGGCAUAACACUGCUGCUCAUUUAAAAAAACUACAGUAUGAACCAUGUUAUAUGCAGUGGAAAGGCAAAAAAUUCAUGUGACUUACUUGCUUGUAUUUGGUUUAUUGCAGUGGUCUGGAACUGAAAGUGAUGCAUAUUUCUGAGUUAUGCCUGUAUUUAAGAAGCUGAGUGAAACCCAAAGAAGUCCAUGAUAGGACAGACUUCUGAAAACUAAAGACAGAAAAAAGCUUGAAAGCAUCAAGAAAGAAGUGAAAUCUUAACUAGAGGGAAAAGUAACUCAGAUGACAGUGGAUUUCUCUCUGGAAACCAUGGAGGCCAGAAGGAAGUGAGACAAGUUCUUUUAGUGCCAGAGGAACUAUCAACUUGUGGCUGGGCACGGUGGCUCACGCCUGUAAUCCCAGCACUUUGGGAGACCAAGGUGGACAGAUCACUUGAAGUCAGGAGUUUGAGACCAGCCUGGCCAACAUGGCAAAACCCUGUCUCUACUAAAAAUACAAAAAUUAGCCAGGCAUGGUGGCGCAUGCCUGUAAUCUCAGCUACUUGGGAGGCUGAGGCACGAGAAUUACUUGAACCCGGGAGGUGGAGGUUGCAGUGAGCCAAGAUCCUGCCACUGCACUCCAGCCUGGGCAACAGAGCAAGACUGCCUCAAAACAAAACUCUGUCAACUCCAAAUUCCUAUUUGGUGAAAUGAUCCUUCAGGAGUGAUGGGGUAAUAAAAACAUUCUCGGUUGAUAGAAAACUAAAAGAAUUUGUUGAAUGCGUCUACCCUAUAGACCUUGAAUAGACCAACCCUAAAGGAAGUUCUUGAACCAGAAAGGAAACGUUUAAAAAAGAAAAAGUUUUGGGAUGUCAGGAAGUACGAUGGAAACAGCAAAAAUAUGGUUGCACCUGGACUUGAUAUGAAAGUAACCAUCAGAAAAUCAACAGAGAUCUUAAACUUGCCUACCACAGACACCUGCAGGAAUAUACUAAGAAUCAUCAUAGUGGACCUUUAUUGUCUCCUGAGCACCCAUUCUUUGUUCUUUCAGAAACACAACUGGUUUUGAGAAUCCAUCCCUUCUUCACUUAGUCCACGUAAAGGUUAGGAUGGUAGAAAGUGUUAUACCUCUUCCUCCAGAGUUGGAGCCUAUGACACUGAUGACACCGGCAUGGCAAGCCAAAGCCCUACACCCACCAGCACACUUACUGGUUCCAAAUUGAUCUAUGCUGGUGUAAUCAGAGUGAAUCUCAGAACUUUGGACAGAGCUGUGAGCAGAGACUGACUUUCCUGCUGUCUCCAGGUAGCUGCAAGGCUGAACAGCAGCACCUACUUUAUUACCAUCUUACUGUCAUUCAAAGAAGGCAGAGCUGAAUGCUGGAGAAAAACUGAGUACUAGCAACAGUUUUUGAACCCUGAAUAUUGUCAUAACUGAAGCUAGAAUUAUCCCUGGACUUGUUUGCCACUAAAAUUUCCUUGUUUUGCUUACCCUGGUUUCAGCUGGCACCCUGAUAUACAUAACUGAUAUACUGUCCUUUGUUUUUCUUUCCUUCCUCUUCUCCGCCUUUGACGAUUUUAAAUUAGAAAUCUACCUGCCUCUAAUCUCUUUAAUUUUCUCAUUUAUUUACUGCUGCCUAUUUUCCAAAACACUGCUUCUCGAAUAUUCCUGGCUCAAAAAUCAUCUAUGUCUUCAUGACAUAUGAAACCCCUAGAAUCCAGCCUUUCCCCAGCUUUUAAUAUCUCCUAAUUGAUUUCUCAAUUCCAGUGAAAUGAUUCCAUUUAUUUUUUUCCCAAACACAUCACAAAUAUUCCUAACUCUUGUGAGCAAUUUUCUCUUAUUCUUCUCAACUUAUCUAAAUCCUAACUUUUCUAAAGAUCUAGCUCAAGUUCUGUCUUGUCAUAUUUUGAGUUCCUUUCUUUGGCGUUGUAUUAUUAUGUAUCUUUCCAUGUACACAUGUGUGCAUUAUCUCCCUGAUAAAACUAACUGGCUAGAGGAUAGGAGUAAAGACUCAAUUCUAAUAUCCUUGUUACCUAAUAAUACACAAACGUGAAACAUGUUUGAAUAAAUCACUGUUAAAUA